UGCUUUUUUGCCAACAGCCGACGUUUUCUCGUCUCUCCAAUUCCACCCAACCCCCCACCUCCUCUCCUCCAAUAGAAAACUACAUACAGUUCCCCACUUCUCAAAGCAAAAGCCUUUCCAAACCCAAAUUCGUGUUCUGUUCGCAACUUGUCUUCUUGUCUGCCGUAGCCGAUUGCGUCUGUUUUAUAUUUGUGUGUUCCUAAAAAUAGAAGAAAAACACACAGCGCAGCGAUAUGGAGUGAGAAAGUUUAAAGACGACGUUGCCUUGCACUUCUCCUUUGCUUUCUUCUUUGCUUCUUCUUAGCAACGAAGAGAAGUGAGGGCAGGAAAGGCCUCAACAGGAAGAACCCAUCUCGUACUAGUAGAAGUUUACACGUUUCUCCGAGAAAGUUUGAAGCUUUUUUUUUUUGUUGGGUUUUAGGCUUGGAGGCAAGUAUUGGUUUUGGUUGAGAAAGUUUGGUGUUUUUUUUUUUUGGAUUUGGUGAAGAUGUUGGUGGCCAACAGUUUCGAUCUUUGGAAGAAAGAUGUGUUCUUUCCUGCAGCUGAGGAGGUGCAAGAAUCAGCUGACAUAAUGGAAUCCACGUAUAGAGCAUGGGCUCGAGCGAGGAGAGAAAGUGUAGCACCGGAAGAUUUGGAUGAACUCUGUAGGGAGUUGCAAACAGCUUUAGGCACUGCCAAAUGGCAGUUGGAAGAGUUUGAGAAGGCUGUCAGGUUGAGCUAUCGCCAGCAUGGUGAUGAUCAUACAACAGCCAGACAUAGACAAUUUAUUUCUGCCAUUGAAAAUCAGAUCUCCCAUGUUGAAACAGCAUUAAGUGUAUCGUUUAGUGCGGAAGGAAAGAAGCACCUUCGCUGGGUACAGCUAGAUGAAGAAGAAUGCGAAGACUUAGCUGCAUUUCUCUCUGGGACAUCUCAUUGUCCUCCAAGUGCCAAAAAAGAAUAUGUAGCACAUGAACUAUCUGGGAUAACCUCUGAGGAAAAGCCUAUAAGAAGAAAAGAUCUGGAUGUGAAAUCUAAUGCUGCCAAUUCUGACAAUUUUAUUGAAUUAAAGGGUGUUACAGAGACUGUUAUUAACAUUAAGGAUCCGAAUUUUACCGUGGAUCUAAAUGGAAAAGAAAUGCCAGGAUCAAGGGAUGAAAUAAUUUAUCAUGUUGAUCGAACAACUAAUACAAGGAAAACAUGGAGCUCAAAUUGUGAAUUAAGGAUUAUUGUACCUGAUGAAGCUGAGCAGAGAACUCAGUUAAUCCCAAGCUUUGGGGACACGCCCAAAGAGAAAGGGUCCAAACUUGUCUUUUGGAGAAGAUGUGGAGAACUGCAUCAAGCAAAGGGAGCAGUUAAUUUGUUCAAAAAUCUGUUUGGCAGGGUUGGUGUAUCUCAAAAGCAGUCACAAAGUCCACAGAAGCGAUGGCAUGGUCCAUUACGCUUACAAUAUGGUCGUUCUGUUCAAGUCACGCUGGCUGUAAUGCUCACUUUCUUCCUGCUUGUACCAUUUAUGUUCUACUCAGGUUGAAAUAAAGCAUACAGAAUGGACAUGAUCAGGAUGGAGACUGAAAGAUAUUGGAGCUGUGUCUGGGUGACGGCAGUCUUAAAAGGGAAUGCUUGUAACUACCAUCCUCCAGUUGUUUUGAGGGCACAUUGAAAUAGGCCAACCUACCACUUUCUAGUAAUGUAUAUGAGUGAAAGAGACAACAGGAACAAGGUAGCAAUCCUUUUAUAAUUUCAGAUGCCCAGUAAAUGUAAAUUCAUUUAGGGUUUAAACAUAAGAUGAAUAUUCAGUAGCGUAGACAUUUCACACUUCCAAUAUGCUUCGAACAUCAUUGAUGACAUUGUUCUAUACUAGCUGUCAACUGUGAUAUAUAGUUAGGCACCUAUGCACUA